GCCACCUGCCACUGACCCCGGGCCUGUGGCUGUGACUGCGACGGCGAAUGCGACGGCGACUGCGACUGCGCCCGGCCCAAGGCCUUCUUCCUCCUCUCAACCGACUCUUGGGGAGCGCUGACCGCCUUUGGACUUUGUUCUGACCUCAUCCCUCCCCGUGUAUGAUUUGAAGGAGCUGCAGGGACAAGCAGCAGUAGAUACCAUACUGCUAUGAAUGCACACCCCCGAUCCCAUCAACGCCCUGGAAUCCAACGCCAUUUGCACUACGGAUACGGACCGGGUCCAGAGACCAGCAAGGCCAGUCGCAGGUAAGCAGAGCCCCUUGUGCGCCGUACGUGCUUGAGUACGGAGUACCGAGUACAGCACGGUGGCCCAGUGCAGGCAUGAUGCAGUGCACUGCAGUGCCGUGCAAUGCCGUGCAAGUGACGGACCAAACCCCAGGCAACUUCCAAGGGAGGGAGUCAGUCGGUCGGUCGGUCGGUCAGUCAGUCUUCUGUGCUGCUCGCCAACUUUCCGCCCGCGUCACCUCCUGUCAGCCUUCACUGUAUUACCUACGCCCGCGCCCGCACUGUCACUGCCGUGCCCCCUCCGAGACACCUUCUUUUCCCUUCAUGAGCGCAUGCCUGCUUCACCAGUUCGCCUCUCUGCAGCCAAGCACUUUACUGGGCAGCGGUAGCAGCAGCAGCAGACCUCAAACUGUCUCUGCCCUUCCCCUUCUGCCGCCGAGUCCUCUUUUUUUUUUUGUUCUUCUUUUUUUUUAACAAAAAAACAAACAAACAACAAAUCUUGUUGUUUUGCCCUGUUGGGGACUCUGGCGUUUUACUAAGCGCUCCACCAGACCCGUCGAUAGACUAUCUUUGUUAUCCAAAGAUUCUGCCGCCUCACAUCCAUCAACGGAACGUGGAUCACAGACUUGCCUGCCCACCCAGCGACAGCCUUCGUCCCACGGCCUCCCGUAAUCCUUCGCCCCGGAGCUGCACAGGCAGCUCCCUUUCACAACGUCUUCCACCAUCAAGAAACGGAAGAUGUCCCGUCCAGAGGAUCUCCCCCGAUCGGCAUCCCCCUUGAAGCGCAGAGCCCCCAGCCUGCCCCCCGACGAAAGCCCUGCCGCGAACGCCGACGCGACCGAAGAUGUUGACAUGAUACCCCUUCCCGCCACCAGCGACGACGUUUCCAUGGCCGACGGCGAACCUGCUAGCGACAUAGACCAAGGCGCACAAGAGGGGCACCCUGACAAUCCCGUGGGCGCGGCGCAAGACUCGCCGGGGCGCUCGAGUGGUGUGGACGUGGAUCGUGCAAGCCUUGAGGAGACGCAAGCUGGGUCUGAGCGCGAUGAGGAGGACGUGCAUGCCGCCGGCGCUGCCCUCGUCGACGACACGCAAGGCCAAGACCAAGACCCCGGAGCAGACGGUGGGAACGUCUCUGCCGGCCGCAAAGCCCAGGGCCAGAAGGCACUCAGCUCUAACUCUGAAGAUGCCGCUGACUCUGACGCCAAGACUGUGGACACCGUUGCCACCAGCGCUUCCGCCGAACCUCUAAAUCAGUCACCCUCCCCCGCAGACGGGUCUCUGGAACCCGCGAUCAGUAAAAAGGUCAAAGGGAAUCGCAGCGGCCGCAACAGCCCUGCCCCACUCAGCCUGGGCACGCGGGGCCGACAGGGAGACCGUGUGAUGGGGCAGACUGGGCUGAACAAUCUGGGGAACACGUGCUACAUGAAUUCGGCGCUCCAGUGCAUCCGGAGUGUCGAGGAACUUACCAAGUACUUCCUGGCGAACGAGCACGAUGAGGAGAUGAACUUCGACAAUCCCUUGGGUCACAAUGGUGCUAUUGCUCGCGCCUAUGGGUUCCUCCUCAAGCAGAUCUACAAGAACCCUCCACCCUCAAAUGUCGCGCCAAGGUCGUUCAAGGAAGUCGUUGGCCGCUGUGCGCCUCAGUUCUCCGGUUGGGGACAACAAGAUACUCAGGAGUUCCUGGGAUUCCUGCUCGAUGGGCUUCAGGAAGACCUCAACCGGAUCAAGAAGAAGCCCUACAUCCCCAAACCAGAUUCUACGGACGAAAUGGUCAACGACCAAGAAGCGAUUCGUGGGCUCGCCGCCCAGGUCUGGGAUAUCCACAAGCAACGGGACGACUCCAUCAUCAGCGACCUUUUCACGGGUCUGUACAAGUCGACUCUCGUAUGUCCCGAAUGUGCCAAGGUCAGCAUCACGUUUGACCCAUUCACCAACCUGACGCUGCCACUGCCCAUACAAAACGUCUGGAGCCGGAAAGUGAAGUUCUUUCCUCUGAAUGAUGUACCUGUGUUCCUUAAUGUUGAAAUCGACAAGACCGCUAGCAUCAAGGCAUUGAAGGACUUUAUUGCGGUUCGUGUCGGGGUUCCCUCUGAGCGCAUGAUCGGGGCAGAAGAGUACAAGGACAAGUUUUUCAAGGUGUACGAAGACGAUUCGCAAGCAUCGCAGGAGAUCACGAGGGACGAUAUUCCUGCCUUCUACGAGCUUGAGAGUCAGCCGACCAACACCAAACCCAAGACAAAGAAGAAGACGAAGAGCUAUUACUCAUCCUACGACAAAGAGGAGAUUCCCCACUGGGACGAUCCGUCGGCCGCGAGGAUGGUGGUCCCAGUGCUGCACAGGCUCAACCCUCGGUCCAACAAGGAGUCAAGAAUCCAAUCUGCCAAGAACUCGGAGAACAUCUCACCCCCACAUUUCAUCGUGCUGGAACCAGAAGAGGCUCAAGAUGAGGACAUCAUCCGCCGCAAAAUCCUGGAGAAGGUUGCUACGUUUACGACAUGGCCUGCUCUGUCUGGACAGCAUCAAAUUGACACGACAGGGCACACUGAUUCUGAUUCAACCCUGGUUACUACCUCAGACGUAGACUCAUCUGUCGAUGCCACAGUUACUGCACAGUCGGUGGAGGGUGAGGACGACUUGGUGGAUGUCUCGAUGCAAGACACCAUUCAAGGUGACGCCACGUCUCAACAAGGCGCAGAGAAAUCUCACGGACUCCUCAGAAAAUUCAAUUCCAGACGUCCAGACUGGAUCAAGCGUGAAGUGUUUCUCGAUGGACAGCUUCAGAAUCUUUUCGACAUGAGUUAUUUCUCUGAAGAUACACUAGUCCCCACCGGAUGGAACGCUGUUGGGUCGAAUGGAGACCGACUAUUUCCCAGACUCGAUGCCAGGAAGCCCCGCCCUAACUCGCCCUCACCGAGUGACGAGGAAAUGCCCAGUCCUUCCGGAUCCGGGACUGCGUCCGAGGACAGCGGAACCGAGGAGAGCGGGAGCGGUGAUGUCCCCGAGACCGGAGCACAGACCCGGAUGGCCGACGAACCAAGUGAGGAGGAAAGCGAUUCCAGCCUUCCGGAUCUUCAGGCAUGUUAUAAACCGACUUGGACCUUCCCAUCCGCUGCAACAGUGCCUAAUGACGUGCAGGACAUCAACAACAAGACCCCGAAUCUGCCCCUCAGACCACAGGACUCGAAGCUUAGAGGAGGGAAGCCCGGAUCCAAGAAGAAAGUCAAAGGCCACAAGACUUACUCCAAAAAGGGCAUGAAGCGUUGGAAGCAGCAGCAGCAGCAACAGCAGGCUGCCCGUCAGGCCUACAAGCGUAACAGCUUCCAAGACGAGGAUCCCGAAUGGGGCUCGAAAGUGGACGGUGGUCCUUUAGUCCGCCUCGGCGAGGGCAUCUUGGUUGACUGGGAUCCUGCCGCAUGGGACGUCGCGUUUGGUGGCCAAGAGGCAGGCGGCGAUGCUAGGUCAACGGCCACAGGCAGCCCGACGUUUUUAGACCUGGAUGUCCUCAAGGACCCGCAACUCGAGGCUAAGAGUCGAGCCCGGAGGACCCGGGCGAACAGGGGCAUUAGCCUGGACGACUGCCUGAAGGAGUUCGAGAAGGACGAGAUUCUGUCAGAGGAUGACAAAUGGUAUUGUCCCAGAUGUAAAGAACAUCGACGCGCGGCCAAGAAGUUCGACCUCUGGAAGACGCCGGACAUUCUCAUUGUCCAUCUCAAACGUUUCAGCAGCAGCGGGACCCGUCGCGACAAGAUCGAUGUGGUGGUCGACUUCCCAAUCGAAGGUCUUGACAUCACCCAGAGAGUGCUGGAGAGGGAAGACGGCAAGCAGGAGAUAUAUGAUCUCAUCGCCAUUGAUGACCACAUGGGCGGCCUGGGAGGCGGCCACUACACAGCUUUCGCCAAGAACUUCGUGAACAAGGAGUGGUAUAAAUUUGACGACUCGUUCGCCACUCCUGUGAAGAACCCUGAGAGCAUGAUCACAUCCCACGCAUAUUUACUGUUCUAUCGCCGACGCAGCGACCGUGUGCUUGGUGGCCCCAAGUUUGACGAGAUCUUGCGCCGUUUUGACACGCCCGAGGAAGAGGACGACGACGAUGCCGCCGUCAACAGCCAGGGCUCAGAGUCCCGCUAGUCCCCCGGGAGCCAGUGUUACAGCUUGACAGUGAGACUGUUAAAAGAAUCUGGGCGACUUGUUUCCCGGCUCCAGGGCAUGCGGUUGUCGUCUAGACCACCCUCUGCAGCUGUGUAGGAGAUGAGCCCCACGCGCCAGUCUGGGAGACGGUGGCCGAGGGCCUGUCUGCCUCUGUCUGGCGAGGAUCCAAUGGUCAAAGAAACGUAUUACGAAAAGCCAUCUUUCAAACAAAAUGUUCCCGGUCUGCACUAGCAUAUUGCGCGCACAGGAACCAAGCCUGUUGCUUCAUGCGCAGACUGACAGACGUUACUCCCUAGACAAAGCGGAGCAUGUGGACAUCGGUAGACUAGAGGAAUUAGCAUUCCAUAGAGCAUAAGAUUUACUGUAAAAAUGACCCUCUGAACGGAUGGUUCAGUGGGAAUUGUUCAUAUGUCCCAUGUGCACGCGAGGCUGAUCAAUCUGCAGCAAUUUUACCGCGUGGGGCAUUGAUGGCGUUGCCACUAUCACGACCUCCCACUUCCCAAUCAUCAGGGCUGCCAGUCUCAUGCGGUCGGUUUGAAAAAGCUCUCUCCUCCUCUCCUUCUCACUCGCCAGUCUGGUUGCACCCGGCGCGCGUUGCCUGGUUCUGGUCCCUUGAGGCUCCGCACGGAGGCGCGUCUGUGCCAUCCGUAAUGAGGCGAACAUCCUUCUGUGCGGAGGGGUAGUCCAGACCACAUCCCCUCCAUAUUGGCUUGCAUAUUUUCCCAGUGGCUACUUACUGCCUUGCUCCCUCCGCAGGGACAAUGAUGGCGCGGCAUGCAAUCAUUGCGCUCAACCCCCUCCUACAAAUUAUGCUUCCGGGUCGGAGGGACGGGGCGGGAGGAUAAUGCUUUCCCGGCUUGAAUCUGGACCCCAACAAAAGGUAGAUAGAUACACCAUGUAGAUAGACGAUAAGCUGGUAGCUCGCUGUUAUGUAUCAACCCCCUUCUGCCCAUUCCCAUCCCGCCCAACCCAACCACCCCCCCUCCGGGGGGAGGGAGCAAAAACUUCAAGUCUC